GCCCGGCUGGCGACGGCGACGGCGACGGGCGUCGGAACUCGCUGGAAGACUCGGCUCAGAGCUGCUCAACAGUUCGCAAAGUCCGGGCUCACGGGCGCGUGGCUCCGUGUGCGCCCGGGCGGCGCUGGGGCGCGGGGGGCCCCGGGCUGCUGCAUGGUGGGCGGCCCGGGACAUGCCCCGCUCCCCGCGCCGGACGCCCGCGUGGCUCCUCCGGCUGCGACUGCUCCGGACUCUGGGACUAGAUCGACCGGCACCCUAACUUCUGACUUUGGGGUCCCCCAGCCCUAGAGGAACGGGCAGCUCGGCUGGGGGAGCCCCGGGCAUGGUGUGACGGGGCGGGCGGCGUGGCUGCGCCCCCCACUGCGGCCACGCGUGGUCCCCGCGCCUUCCGUCAUGUAGCUGCUGUCCCCGCUCCCCUCCGCCUCCAGCCGCAGUCUCCGCGACCUCCGGCCUCCAGCCGCCAACUCUUUGUCCCCCAGGAUCCCGCCGCGGUCUUCGCGUCCUCGGGAUUGCAGCCGCCGUCUCUUCGUCUUCCGGAUUCCAGUUUCGCCACUCCGGCUGCCUUCGCGCCCCUGGGACACUAGCCACGGUCCCUGCCAUCUCCCCAGGAUCCAGCCACCGCUCCUGCGCUCCCUCCCCCGCCCCAACCCACCCCACAGCCGUCGUCUCCGCUCUCCAGCCAGUCUAGACUGCAGUCAUAGUCUCCGCGUCUCCCCCAAGCCCAGACUCCAGCCGUGACCUCCGCGCCCCCGGGAAUCCAGCUGUCGCGCCGCUGGCCGCAGGUGCAGCAGCCGCCCCGCGCCGCGCGCCCCGAGUGUGGCCGGGCCUCGGCGGGGAGAUGAACGCGCAGCUGGACGGCCUGUCGGUGAGCUCGUCCUCCACCGGCUCGCUGGGCUCAGCGGCCGCGGCGGGCGGCGGCGGGGGCGCGGGGCUGCGGCUGCUGUCUGCCAACGUGCGCCAGCUGCACCAGGCGCUCACGGCGCUGCUGAGCGAGCCCGAGCGCGAGCAGUUCACUCACUGCCUCAACGCGUACCACGCGCGCCGCAACGUCUUCGACCUGGUGCGCACCCUGCGCGUCCUGCUGGACAGCCCGGUCAAGCGGCGUCUGCUGCCCAUGCUGCGACUGGUCAUCCCGCGCUCCGACCAGCUGCUCUUCGACCAGUAUACGGCCGAGGGCCUCUACCUGCCCGCCACCACCCCCUAUAGGCAGCCCGCCUGUGCCGCUCCCGACGGCGCGGGGCCCGGGGAGGUGCGGAUCGUGAGCCUGCGGCGCGCCAAGGCCCACGAGGGCUUGGGCUUCAGCAUCCGCGGGGGCUCGGAACACGGCGUGGGCAUCUACGUGUCACUAGUGGAGCCGGGCUCCCUGGCAGAGAAGGAAGGGUUGCGGGUCGGGGACCAGAUUCUGCGCGUCAACGAUAAAUCUCUAGCCCGGGUGACCCACGCGGAGGCUGUCAAGGCUCUCAAGGGCUCCAAGAAGCUGGUGCUGUCUGUGUACUCAGCCGGGCGGAUCCCCGGGGGCUAUGUCACCAACCACAUCUACACCUGGGUGGACCCCCAGGGUCGCAGCACAUCCCCUCCCUCUAGCCUGCCCCAGCCCCAUGGCAGCGCCCUGAGACAGCACGAGAAUGACCGGAGGAGUGCCCUACACCUCCUGCAGAGUGGAGAUGAGAAAAAGGUAAACUUGGUGCUGGGGGACGGCCGGUCCCUGGGCCUCACAAUCCGAGGUGGAGCUGAGUACGGCCUUGGCAUUUACGUCACCGGUGUGGACCCAGGCUCCGAAGCAGAAAGCAGCGGGAUCAAGGUGAGGGGACAAUGGGCCAUGAGCUGCAUGUGUGGGGAUGUUUGGGGCCUGGAGGGUUCCAGCAGUUCAGACCGCAGCCGGAAGUGA